AUGGCGUCUCUCGAGAAUCUGGGACAGACUUCUGGCGAUUAUCCGAUAUAUCGGCAAAAUCUGGGAAGGUCGGAAAAAAGUAAAAUCCCCGAUCGUCUGGGAUUUUCUCGACAUAUGAAAACUAGGGCCGGGUUGUUCAAAGCCGGGUUAAGAUAACCCUGCAGGGUUAGUGAGAAAUUUGAAUUCAGAUAUAGCUUAAAAAGCAACAGUCUGAUUCUUUUUAUCUACUCUUUGGCGAUUGAAUGCUCUAAAAGAAUUGAGAAAAUUAUCCAAGAAAAUACUUUUGAACAAAAGAAAAAGAAACCUUGAUUAAAAUUUAACCCCGGAUUAGCGCUAAUCGGCCUUCGAAUAACUGGGUCCUAGCAUGUUCCAAGCGUUCAGAUAGUGGAGAGCGGUGCGAAGUAAAGAAAGCGAUGAAAAGUAGAGGGGGACUUGGGAGAGAGGUGCGUGCGCUUUUAUUUUUUCGCGCCCCUCUUCGCACCGCUCCCCACUAUCUGAACGCCUGGAACAGGCUACUGGGUCCAGGCUUUUUUAGAGGAGCUGUGUCACGAAAUUGUGCCAAAUAAGGUAAUUACAAAAUGCCCGUUAAAUUACGAGAAACAUAAACAUAACCGCUUAAAACUUUAAAGGAAAGUUGAAAUAACAUAACAGAAACAACAGAUGGCACGGAUGGGCAAAACUGAAGAAGAUUGAAACGGAUUGAAAUUAGGGUUUUUCAAAGUUGAUCCCGGCUGCUUGCAACUUCAAAAAUAAUGCUCAGAAGACAUAUUUGUUUGUCUCGGAUCUCUGAUUUUGUCAUUUAACUGUAAUUUCUUUGCUUACUUUAAGUUCCAUAGCGAUUGAGGGUGAGUGAGUGGCAAAAUUAAACAAAAUGAAUUAGACUGCCGUGACACAGCCCCUUCUUCUAAUUAUAUCCAUGCAGUGGUUGUAAACACUUUCUCAUUAUAAAACCACUCCAACAUGUUCUACUCUUUAGGUUCUCUUUUUGUUUUGUUUUUAAUUGACACUGGACGUGAUUUUUUCUUCUCAGGAAGGCGAAAGAAACGCACAUAUUGACAUAUUAUCAUUCUCUCUUGACAUUAUCCUUAAUAACUCGGUCAGGACCUUUUCGCCUCAAGGUAUGAAUAAAGGUAAUGAACUAUAUUAUAUCUUCUGUUAUUUUUUAUUGUUAUUUCCCGUGGGUAGCCGUGCCAUACAGCGUCACAUGAGAUGUAACUUUCUUUGAUUGUUUCACUAUAAAGUAUGUAUUUCUGUAAAUUGCGUGAGUUGUCCUCAUAUAAAACCCGAUAAAGAAUGGUACUGGCCAGUCGGAAUUUCGUAACUACUGUCUAUCCACCUUCCAGUUGUCCGCGGUUUUUGGCCAAAAUUUACAAUUUUUAUCAAUUCUGAACUUCGGCGAUUCAGUUAUUCCAGUGGUUUUCUUUUUAAUUUUUUGCAUAUCAGUUCUGCAAGGAUCCAUACGUUUAACGGCCGAUUCGAUUUGCUUGUCUUUUGUUACUACUGAAGGCCUGGCCGAGUGUUUAUUUGACUUGAGAUCAGGCCUUAAAAUAAAAGUUCCUUACCGCAAUUGAAAGUCUUUUUUUAACUUUCCAAACUACAACCUUUUUGUUUGGUGUAAUUGGCCAAUGGCACUUAAGGUAGUUUUCACUUUCGAUCAGGGUUUUGCCGAUGUCAUUUUCUUUAGAGAUCCAUUUUUAAAAACUUGGGUCCUUACUCAGCAAGUCGACUUCAGGUCAAGAGAAAUUAUAUCUUGGUUAAAGAGACUUAUACAAGAUAACCUGUCAUUCAAAAAUCACAUGCCCCUAACAUGGUUUGUUUCACAGGCGUGUACGAUCACGUUCUUUCGCAGAAACUUUAAGUUCCGCAAGUUCAAUGUUUAUUCCGUAAAAUUGAGUAUCAGGGAGCCAAUCAGGACUCCUCCUCAUUAUCAACAACCAAUCAAAAAAAGACAUUUCCGUGACUACGUCAUACGGAGUUUCCCUUGGGAGGGCACGCUCUACGUCACAUAAAACUUUAAAGGAAAGUUAAAAUAACAUAACAGAAAAAACAGAUGCCACGGAUGGGCAAAACUGAAGAAGAUUGAAACGGAUUGAAAUUAGGGUUUUUCAAAGUUGAUUCCUGCUGCUUGCAACUUCAAAAAUAAUGCUCAGAAGACAUAUUUGUUUGUCUCGGAUCUCUGAUUUUGUCAUUUACCUGUAAUUUCUUUGCUUACUUUAACUUCCAUAGCGAUUGAGGGUGAGUGAGUGGUAAAAUUAAAUAAAAUGAACUGGACUGCCGUGAGACAGCCCCUUCUUCUAAUUAUAACCAUGCAGUGGUUGUAAACACUUUCUCAUUAUAAAACCACUCCAACAUGUUCUACUCUUUAGGGUCUCUUUUUGUUUUGUUUUUAAUUGAUGCACAUAUUGACACAUUAUCAUUCUCUCUUGACAUUAUCCUUAACUCGGUCAGGACCUUUUCGCCUCAAGGUAUGAAAAUGAAAGGUAAUGAACUAUAUUAUAUCUUCUGUUAUUUUUUAUUGUUAUUUCCCGUGGGUAGCCGUGCCAUACAGCGUCACAUGAGAUGUAACUUUCUUUGAUUGUUUUACUAUAAAGUAUGUAUUUCUAUAAAUUGCGUGAGUUGUCCUCAUAUAAAACCCGAUAAAGAAUGGUACUGGCCAGUCGAAAUUUCGUAACUACUGUCUAUCCACCUUGCAGUUGUCCGCGGUUUUUGGCAAAAAUUUACAAUUUUUAUCAAUUCUGAACUUCGGCGAUUCAGUUAUUCCAGUGGUUUUCUUUUUAAUUUUUUGCAAAUCAGUUCUGCAAGGAUCCAUACGUUAAACGGCCGAUUCGAUUUGCUUGUCUUUUGUUACUACUGAAGACCUGGCCGAGUGUUUAUUUGACUUGAGAUCAGGCCUAAAAAUAAAAGUUCCUUACUACAAUGGAAAGUCUUUUUUUAACUUUCCUAACUACAACCUUUUUGUUUGGUGUAAUUGUCCAGUGGCACUUAAGCUAGUUUUCACUUUCGAUCAGGGUUCUGCCGAUGUCAUUUUCUUUAGAGAUCUAUUUUUAAAAACUUGGGUCCUUACUCAGCAAGCCGACUUCAGGUCAAGAGAAAUUAUAUCUUGGUUAAAGAGACUUAUACAAGAUAACCUGUCAUUCAAAAAUCACAUGCCCCUAACAUGGUUUGUUUCAUAAGCGCGUACGAUCACGUUCUUUCGCAGAAACUUUAAGUUCCGCAAGUUCAAGGUUUAUUCCGUAAAAUUGAGUAUCAGGGAGCCAAUCAGGACUCCUCCUCAUUAUCAACAACCAAUCAAAAAAAGACAUUUCCGUGACUACGUCAUACGGAGUUUCCCUUGGGAGGGCACGCUCUACGUCACGUCCGUCGGCGAUGAAGUAAGACUUCCUUAUUUAAAACAACAAAACAUAUAAAAGCGUAACACACUGUCCUCAAGGAAAACUAAACCAGUUAGUCAGGAGGAACUAAUAGAGGCGUUAAGCCUUCAACUGAUACAAAACGAAGCCCUCUGAAGCAAAGAGUCUUUUUUUAGGUGAGUCUAGCCCCUUUUUCAGUCUCGUCACGCAAUGUGCUUCUAUUUUACUAUAUUCCUAUUUCUUUAUGUCUGCGAUGUUGCUUUGAUUACCUCAAAACCAACGCUUUUGUGCAGUAUCUUUUCGUUUAUUACUUAAAAAAUACAAACAUUCUGAACCUUUUUGUAGUAUCGAGAAGUUUCGAUGAAAGAUAAUUUAAAACGAUUAAACUACGAACGGUUGUUUGCACUGUUCGUGUUCAUUAUUUCAAGACUUCGAUUUUUAAGUUCGUCAUGCGGAAUCCACCUAACUAUAUUUUCUGUAAAUGACGUUAUCUCGAUUUUUGACGUUAUAUUUCUCAGAACUUGAUUGUUUUUCUCAGAACUUGUUUGUUUGUUUGUUUGUUUUUUUUUUCUGGAAUUAUGGUUCAGUAAGAGAAAGCACGACUUGAAUCUCACAAGCUAUAUUUAUUAUUCAUCUCGCAGGUUUGAUGGGUUUCAAGCUAUUCAAGAAAACAGACAGCAAAUCUGAGACCCGAAGAAGAUCAUUUAGCUUUUUGAGGCGAAGAAGUUGUUCUCGCGAAGAAAGAAGAAGUGAGGACUUUUUAAGACCAAGGAGGACCGGAGAAGGUCAAAGCCCGGAG